AGAAUCCAAACAGUUCCGUGGUGAACGUCGUCCGAUGAGAUUCGCGUUUAUAUCGCCGGGAAAGUCUUCAUUCCGAGUUGUGUGGCUGGCUAACAGCGCUUUCGCGUUCGAUUCACGGUUUUCACCAAUCGAGAUUGUUCGAACGGUCGAGUGUUUGUGUGUGGGUGUGUGUCGGUUCGUGCGUGCAAAACCUGUGCAAAUUUUGCUUGCUGCUAUUAUCGGAAUUGCGGGAUUUCACGGGUCAAACCUUCCACUUCCGGUGAAACAAGUGGUCGGUGAACCCGAAACGGGCUCCAAGUUUUGAGCACCAUCAGCUUUUGCUAGUGUUGAUACCGUUUUGUUUUGUCAUCAUGACAAAAUAGUGUAGUGUACAAUAUACGGAACAGGGAAGGGAAGAUUAGCGCAGGAGCUUGUUCUGGAUUUAUUGAUUUUUCUCAGUCCGGUUGUCCCGCCGUCAUCAGUGGAGUCCGUAAAGUUGCUCAGAGUCAGCAGACGUGCUCCGCCCUAUUGCUUGUGAAAUUUGCAAUCGGGAUUUGUUUGUGGAAGAUCACAAAGGGGUUUCCAAUAAGUCGAAUCAAUUCUGGAUACCUCGGGUAAAAUUUGUAGUUUUUCGCAAAAAAGUGUUUUCAAAAGUGAUUUCGUUCUAGACGGGAAGGGCAGUGCCCCUAGAAAGCGGAUGAGAAAAAAUCUCUGGAAGAUGCGGUGAAGUGUUCUUGUGUAGUGUUGUUCUGUGCAUGUUGUAUACAUAUUCUACAAAGAGUUGGUAGCUGAAUCUCACUGAAAAUAGAACCUCGGAGGCUGUGCGGUCUGAAUCUCCGAGUAAAGUUCUUAAAUGUCUUAAAUAUAGCUGCAACUUGAAGAUAUCUCACGAAUCAAGAAAGCUAUAAUGAAGAAGUAGCAAGCGAACGGUAUUCCACUUGUCUUUACAAUCGGGAAGAAAAGCGUAAUAUUCAGAUAAAUCCGCGACUGGAAGAGAAGGCAUUUAAUUGGAUUAAUAAUGUGGACUCCUACCAGCAACAAAUAUGGAGUUGCCAUUCACAAUUGGCACGGCCAUGUGACGCACGGGCUUGCGCUGGACGUUGGCGACUUCGUCGAGAUACUGGAGGAAACGACGCACUGGUUCCGUGGCACAUGUCCCCGCAAACCGCGCAAGGUGGGCCUGUUCCCCAAGUCCUACAUCCACCUGAAAGACCUGGCCAAGCUGGAUCCGGUCGUGGCCGAGUGUACCCUGGUGCUGCGCGAGUGGUCCGAGAUAUGGAAGAAGCUGUUUGUGGAACGGGAAGAAUACAAAUUCACCUCGUUGCGGAAAGUGAUGUUGGCGCUGCUCGAAAGCCGAAGGGAAUUGCUGAGCGCCACCCUAACCCAGGACCAAACGUACGAUUUGCAGAUGAAGGUGAUCUCUAAGAUUGACUGGGGAAAUCGAAAACUGGGACUAGAUCUGGUACCUCGGCUGGGUACGCUAGCGGUUGAUCCGCACAAGAUCGGGAUCGUUUCGUUGCACCAAGUGCAUGUCAACAGUGCGGAAAAUGCCAAAGCAGCCUCGAAUCGGGGCACGUUACGACGGAAGGCGGGAAAGAAAGUGCUCACACAUCAUCUGUACUUCUGUCUGCGAGACUUCGGCCAUCGGAUUGGGGACGAUGCUGAGAUCUGCUUCUAUCUGUACGAUGGAAAUACCACUCGGAUGCGGGCCCUAUCCGAGCGAUUUCUGGUGCGCAUCGCCAAAGACGGCUUUUCAACGUACGUGGAAACGUCCCACAAUUGUACAGUGUUCACGGAUCUUGGCUCGUCGGAUCUGAAUCAGGAUCUGUACUUGAUUGCGAAUGUUAUUCGGGUGGGGAAAAUGAUGCAUUCGGAAUCGGUGAAAAAAGGAGAUAAACUAGUUAGUAACCAUUCGUAUCGAAGGCCAUACGGGGUGGGGGUCCUGCCCUUAGGUGAAAUUGCUCAGUUUGACCAGACGGUCGAGUCCGAGGAGAAGGAGUUUAGCUUCAAGAUAUUCCAAUGCGAGGAGAAAGAUUUCCAUCAGUUGCAUGAGCUGAUCAUCAAAAAGGCUAGUGGAAAAUUUCAACCCAUCAACGCCAGUGCGCAAGGCCAUUAUGGGUUGGUGGUAUCGCUAAAAUUGAUCCAUGGUGGUCUGAACCAAGCAAGGAUUGAGCAACCGGUUUUGUUCCAAGGCACUGCAAUCACCAAAAAGAUCGGGUUCCCAGAUGUCAUUAUGCCAGGAGAUGUACGAAAUGACCUUUUCCUUACCCUGGAGCGAGGUGAGUUCGAGCGGGUCGGCAUCAGUACUGCCAAGAACAUUGAAAUAACUGCCCUGGUCCUCGACGAGAACGGAAGGAUUAUCCAGGAAUGCAUAGCUAUCGCCUCAGGGUGCCCUUUACAAGCGUACUACAAGUCGAUGGUUCUGUACCACAACAAUUCUCCCGCAUGGAACGAAACCAUACGAAUGUUUGUGCCAAUCGAUAAAUUCAGUAAAGCCCAUGUACGUUUUGAAUUACGAAGUUGUUCCACCAGGGAUAAAUCCGAUCCGAAACUAUUUGGAUUCAGUUUCGCUCGUCUCAUGGAACCCGGUGGUGCAACGAUAGCCGAUGCAUCACAUGAGCUGUACGUCUACAAGUGCGAAGAUAUUCUCAAAGUUCAGCCAAACAUUUACCUCCGGUUGCCGUGCUCAGCCAACGAUAAACAUGCUCAUUCGUUAGAAUCCAACUCACCCUACCAUCGAAGUUCCAAAGAAGCCUUCUUCGUAAAAACAAUUUUAUGCUCAACAAAACUCACCCAAAACAGCGAUCUACUCUCGUUACUACAAUGGCGCAAUCACCCGGAACGCAUUCAAGAAUCUCUACAAAGAGUACUUCGGUUGCAUAACGAAGAACUUAUUAAAUUUCUACAAGACGUUCUAGACGCUUUGUUCGCCAUGUUCUCUACGGACGACGGCAACAGUACACCUCAUUCGGGUCUCGUGUUCCACGUUCUAGUGUCGAUAUUCAGCCUUAUGCAGAGUAGUAAAUUUCAACACUUCAAACCCGUAAUGGACGCCUACAUCAAAGACCACUUUGCAGCUCCUCUGGUGUACAAAGGACUUCUCUCGUCGGUUCAACACCUUGCCGAUUGGAUGAUGACUGCCGAGAACAUGGAACCGAUUCUACAAUGCUUUAUUUCACUUGAAUUCAUCUUCAAGCUGAUCAUUCAGAGUCGGAAACUCUUUUCUCACGCGUCCGGCGGUCAAUACGAAGAUAAGUUCAAGCAAGACCUCUUUGCCGUAUUUGCUUCCCUGAACGGAAUGCUUCAAGUGACUGGUCAAUCUCAUUGCGUUCCAACCCAGGAAGCCCUACUUAGCUCUAUUGGCGUAGUGUUUGAUCAACUACGUACGAUCAUUCCUAAAAAUGAAGUAGAUACCCUAGUCAAAGGCAUUCUCGAUGCCGUCCCUAAAGAUGCUCAACCGCCACUUAUUCAAGCCAAAUUGAAAUCCAUCAAAGACAUGGUUUCGAGCCAAAUGUUCCAAGACGAUGAACUACGAUCCGUGAUUCUAAACAUUGCAUGCAAACAUCUCAGGGUCCAUUUAUCCCGUCGGGACGAACUCCGUCUGUGUUCGGAAAUUUUAGCCGAAAUCCUCAUCAAACUCCACGAAGCCAAAGUAAAAAGCGGCGAAAAACCGUCCAACGCCGUACAUCACGAUCUUGACACACUGUUCAGCAAUAUCUACCCUAUCCUCAUGCAGACGGUUAUCGUCCUCGGAAACGGUGGAAACGAGUCGCUUGUUUGUUCCCUAUUCGCCGUUAUGCUAGGAUUGUUGCAAAUUUUGGAGGAAUCACAUUUUCAACGAAUGUGGGACCGGCUGAGCACCGGUGGCAACAACAAAGAGCUUAAAGAUUUCAUUCAACAAUGUCUGAGCAUAUUUAAAGACAUUUUGGAACAGGACUGGAUGAUCUUUUCCAAAGAUUGGCUAGUAAUGAAAAUGUCUGCCAACGAGGUGCUGAGAAAAACGUUAGAGGAGCUUGCCAAACCCUUGGUGUACCGGUUUCUGGGACCACAAUCGUUUGACUCGCAACUGUGGUGGUCGUAUUUUAGUGUGGCCGUAAUCUUCCUAACCCAACCUUCGCUCCAGAUUGAGCAGUACCACGAAACCAAAAGAAGAAAAAUCCUCAGCACUCAUGGAGAUAUGCGUGUGGCAAUGGGUUUCCAGAUAUUGAGCAUGUGGGCUCAACUAGGGGAACACAAGCUGCACUUCAUACCUUCAAUGGUUGGGCCGUUCCUGGAGGUCACAUUGGUGCCCGAACCAGCUUUGCGCAAAGCUACCUUUACCGUGUUCUACGAUAUGAUGCAGUGUGAACAGGUAUUCCGAGGUUCCUUCCGGUUGGUGGAAAGCGAGCUUAUAGAUAAAUUGGAUCUUCUUAUAAGCGAAAACAAAGGCGACGACGAGUAUCGAGAGCUCUUCAGUACAAUGGAACAGUUAUGUCUAGCUUUGCUCGAACGAGUUCAGAUGGAAAACCCUCCUUGGCGGGAAUCGGGUAUAGCAUUCAUAUCAUCAGUAACGCGGCUACUGGAACGAUUGUUGGACUACCGGAGCGUAAUGCAAGGCGAUGAAAAUCGCGACAAACGGAUGACCUGUACGGUUAAUUUGUUGAACUUUUACAACGACGAAAUCAACCGGAAGGAGAUGUAUGUUAGGUACAUUUACAAGUUGUUGGAUUUACAUUUGAGUGCCGAGAAUUACAUCGAAGCUGGACUAACUCUGAAACUUAAGGCAGAUAUGCUUUCCUGGGACCGCGAGCAUUCAUCGGAUGAAGCCAAUGGGCCUCGAGAAUGGGAAGAGAAGGAAAAUAUAUACAAAAAAAUCAUCAAUCACUUCGACAAAGGUAAAUGUUGGGAGAAAGGUAUCCCGCUAUGCAAGGAGCUGGCCACGUUCUAUGAGAGAAAACGUUACGACUACAAUCGAUUGAGUGAUGUUCUGACGCAAGAGGCUAAGUUCUUCCAAAACAUACUAACACAACUGCGACCGGAACCGGAAUACUUUCGUGUGGGCUACUAUGGAACAGGAUUUCCGUCGUUUGUGAGGAACAAACAAUUCAUCUACCGGGGCUUGGAGUACGAACGUAUAGCGGCAUUCAUCCAGCGGUUGCAAAUUGAAUUUCCGGCAGCACAAAUACUGGACAAGAAGCACUACCCGCCGGAUAGUUCCAUCCUGAACUCACCCGAACAGCGCUUCCACGUGGUCAACGUUAGGCCGAUCGCUGAUCCGAGUCACUUGAAGAGCGCCAAAGUAACCGUCCCAGAAAAGAUUUCCAAAUACUAUGAGGUUAACGAUGUUACCAAGUUCCAAUACGAUCGACCAAUCCACAAGGGCGUUGUCGACAAGGAGAACGAGUUCAAGUCGCUCUGGAUCGAACGGACAAUAUACGACAUCGCACUGCCCCUGCCGGGUAUUUUGCGAUGGUCCGAAGUAACGAAUGCAUCUGUGCAUGAAUUAACUCCGGUCGAAUUUGCCUGCGAAACAGUGGCCAAUGUUAACAAGGAGCUAUCUGAUCUAAUCGUCCAGUACAGACUAGAACCGAAGCGUAACCUUAACCCGUUCACUAUGCGACUACAGGGAUGUGUGGACGCAAACGUUAACGGUGGCUUCAACAAGUAUCAGGAUGCUUUUUUCUCGGAACGCUUUAACAAAUCGCCAGAAGCGCGGGAACAAAGCUUACAUGUGCAACGGUUGAAACGAUUGAUAUUUGAGCAGAUGCAAAUUUUGAGGCAGGCACUAGAUUUGCAUCGUAGCUUAGCUUCGGAUGAGGUGUUACCAUUGCACAAUCGAUUGUCCGAAGCAUUUUUAGAGCUGGAAAAGAGUACCGCUGAGUGGAAGACAAAUGUUAACAUUCCGACCAAACCGUUGCCACCGCUUCCGAUUCCAAAUGUUCCGCAUCAGCCAUCACCUGGGUUACAUCAGGGUGUGAUGCAAAGUAGUCAAAACUAUUUUCCCGAUGAUCAUGAUGAAACAUAUACCAUUUUGAGCAGGAAAACGUUGUCCUUAUCGGGUAUUAUCCCGAUGACGGCUAUGAGCUCGUCACCGAUUCCCGCACCUCAGGUACCACCACGAGAAUCAUUUACAGCCUCUCCUUCAGCCCCCCCACUUCCACCACGGGGACACACUCCGGAUAAACGAAAUUCCAAUCCAAUGCCAUUCUCAGAGUUCGUUGAGCAACAUCAAGGAGGUUCGCUGCCAGCUAGACCACGGUCGAAAAAAUAUUCCCUGUAUGAGAUUUCUUUAAACGAAAGCUACGGUAGCCCAAGGAGCUCUGCUGAAAUGAAGGGUAUGUAUGACUUUGGAACUAUCAAUCGUGAUUCUGGGAUUUCCACUAGCACCCAAGAGCUCAAUAAUUUGAACAGUGGAUCUCAACAGAACCAAACCCCAGGUCAUCACCAUCAACAUCACUACCAUCAGCCUGUCAAUAUGGUCCCUCCGGAAGAAUUCAACAUAUCCUUUAAUGGAAACAAUGGAGCAGGACCGAUGACUCCUCGGGGUCACCAAAAAACCUUUUCAAACCCGGAGGCCUUCAAUAAAGCCACCAUUCAGGAGAUGAAAAUGAACUCUAUCAACACGUCGAUGAGCAAACUGACCCUGGCGAACAACGGAGCUCCCCCGCCUCCAAUUCCACCUAAAUCAGCCUCAUUACAGCAUCAGCAUUCCUGCCCGGCUCCGACAGCUUCGGCCAUCGGGACGACUCAUCACCAUCAUCACCAGCGCAAUCAAUCGCUGAACCUUAGUCAGAAUUCUUCUUCCGACGGGGAUGCCAUAAGUUUGAACGACAUAAGUCCAGCCGCCCCACCCCCAUUCAACGAUAACUUCAGUGAUUCGUUUAGCGACGAGUGCGGCGAAGUCAACACUGCAGCGUCCGUAACGGCCACAGGGCCGGAUCCGUAUUGUGUGCCAAAGAUUCAACCGAGUAAUACCAAUAGCCUGGGAAGACGAUCGCUAAACGGAGACGAGGUAGAACUGAGGGCUUCCACCACAACCAUGGUACCGAUGAGACAUGACGACGACGAGGAGGAAAUCUUCUACUAAAAUGUGCAAUCACUCUACCUACAUCAACAUUCUGGGCCAAUGUUGGUUAAUAGCACGAUUUUCAAAUUCUCCCUAACGAUAUUAACCAACAGUCUGUCGCCUAGAAAGAAGGUUUAGUAAUCAAAAUAGUGUUAAGUUGAAAACACUCAUCACGGCAACCAAUAUUGUAUUAUAUUUAGGAUAAAAGUUGAAGGAACUUUUCGUAUAAGUAUAUUUUUCUUGUUUCUGUAAGUUGUUGUGAUUGUUAAUAAAAAAAAACCAAACAUUGACCUCUCUUGACGAGAGAUGAACAGACAUGAGAUUUGAACAAAUGAAUGGUAGAACUUUCCACAGAAGUUGUUGCAAACUAUACCAACGAUUUAAUUCAGGUUUGAACUUUGCUUUUCGUCCACUUGGGAACAAGAGUAUUUACGGUACAACUCAAAAGGGGCAAUUCUACAUAACCGCAUAUACUGUAGCGUAAAACGAUGACUGUGACUAUUUUACACGUAUAACAUUGGGAGACCAUAACGGCCAAAAUAACAAACAGCAUUAUGAUAAAAAAAAUAGUAUAAAACUCAGCAAAUCUCAAUUGAUUUCAUUAUGCUUAGUAUUUACUCUUCCUCAAACUUACUCGAAUAAUCGACAAAUCAUAAUCCAAAUUGCUAUUCUAAAUUAUAUCGACAAUUUAAAAGAGCAAACGGAGUAUUUAGUACACAUACUGAUCGAUGAUACUAGUCAAGAAAAAUGAGAAAAAUGCUCUGUUCACUCCGGAUAUCCAUGUAAUCCUACAUAUAAAAACUCGGAAGAGACAUACAUUAAUAUUAAUACCAUGUGGGGACGCUUUUAUUGACAAUUAACGUGCGGAUAUGAAAUGAAGAAGAAGGCUUGUAAUAAUACAAUAUGCCUAAUGAAGCAGUUUAUAAUAGAUUCGGGCGAACUGUGCUGAUAAACAUAUUACUAUUCCAAUGCGCUAUUAUUUAAGUUUCCUUCCUGGACGGAGGAAUGUCGUAAAAUAUACUUUGAUAGAAUUUUAUCUAUACAAUGGUCAUCACUUGCGUGCGCAGUGCCAUUUAAAACGUGUGAGACUUUUCUAAAAAAAUAUAUUACACGUAAACUAACGACAUGCA